AAAAAAAAAAAAAAUCUUUUCAGUAGAAGAUUUCGAUUAGAAAUAGGCUACUGGCUGAUUAAUUGUUACCCCACUCUUAGGAAAGAAUCUGUUUGUGUUCUAAAAAUGUUAUUUGGACUGCCAUUACUGAUUCUUUUAUACACAAAUUACAGAGUGGAGAGUUCGCCUGUGAUCUUCAGUGCGUCUGAGGAUGGACCUGAAGAGGCUUGGGAAAAGCUGGAGGCGCUCAUAAAGACUUCAUCUGAGGGAGACUGGCAUUCUGAAGUGUCUAUCGUUCCUAGCCUGUCUAAGACCAAAGAAAUGAUUCCGUGGCCCUCACAACCGGUUGUAUGGGCCCCUCAACAAACGGAAGAAGUUGUUCCAUUGGUGUCUGAACAGCAGGUUUCAGUGGUCCCUGUGCAACCUCAACCGCAGGUUCCAGUGGUCCCUGUGCAACCUCAACCGCAGGUUCCAGUGGUCCCAAAACCACUCGACCUCCCUGAGUUCAACGUGGUCAUGUCCCCCAUCGGCAGCGGCGUGUUCAAACCGGAGGCGGGCACCAGAGCUCUACCUGAACCGGUGAAGCGAAUAUUCCUGCGCCCGGCGGCCACAACUGCCCCACCUCCCCCGUAUGGCAACGUGGAUGCUCUUUGCCACUUGGACCGCAUGUACGUGAGGAUCAAGAAGGAGCUCUUCAGCAAGCCGGGGGACGCCUGGCAGUACCUGAGGAUUGGGACAUGUGAAGUUAACCAGGCCACCGCUGACCACUACUACUUCCUCUACUACUUGAAGGGCUGUGGCUUAAAAUAUGAGGAGAAGGAGGACUACUCAACGUUUUCCAACACGCUCACCUACAACCCUCCUUCCACGGGGCCAAUCCUCAGAGAACUGCCGUUUUCUGUCGACGUGCUUUGCAAAUACUACAAACACUUCUAUGCCUAUGCGCGCGGUUAUCGUCCAGAGCUUAAAGCGGGCACUGUGUUUGCUUCGCUAUCCCCGUCUUCCCAGUUCACCCUCAGACCAUAUGAUGAUAAAUGGGAGCCGCUCAAGCCUGGUCACAGCUUUACCAUUGGCAAGCCGAUGUAUUUUGAGGCCAAAGUGCCACCAACCAACGGUGCCGUGCGGACCUACAUCAACCAGUGCUUAAUCACUCCCACCAGUGAUCCCAAAGCCAACCCCAGAUAUACUGUGAUUGACAACAAUGGAUGCAUGGUGGACAGCAAGGCAAGUAGAAGCUCCAAAUUCAUUCCACAUGCCGAUAAGACCGCUUUAAGAUUCUCUAUCGGGGCAUUUGUCUUCAGGGACUCUGCUGCGCUGCCUACAGGAGGAAGGGUUCUCUACCUGCAUUGUGAAAUCAUUAAAGGACCAGUGACCCCCAGCCCUAGUCUGAAGUCCUGCACCUAUGGCAAUAAAAAGUGGACGGAGCUCUAUGAUAAUACGACCUCUGUGUGCUCCUGCUGUGAGGCCACAUGUCCCUCUGCUGUGCCGGCAGACUCCAGGAAAAUGGUCUCUAGUGACCCGUGGAAGUUGGCUAUGGCAUCUGAAGCGCGGCUUGAGAAGGCGGCGGCUGUUCCGGAUCUCAUAGAGGCAGACGACUUGGUCGAUGGAUUUGAAAAGUACUGGGGGCAGUUAAUAUCCUGAAGCACCAACUUGUGGAAGUUGAAAUAAAAUCUAUUUUUACAUUAA